AUGGUGGUGAAAGAAGAAAUAAUAAAAGCAAUAGAAGAUCCCCGCAAAUAUCAUUACAAAAAAGAAUGGUUAAAUAGUAAAGAUCUCGAUGAACGACAAUUAUUCGAAAUAUUUGCCUUUGGCAACAUUAAGGAUCUACCAGAAAAUAUAAUUCUAACAUCAUUAAUGCGAUCAAAAUUGGAAAAAUUAACUUUGGUAUCAUUAAGCGAAAUAUAUAAUGAGUUAAGUUACGAGUUGGUUAGGAAAGAAUGUCAAAUUGAAGACGACAGUAUUAUCGAAAGCCAUUUAAUUCAGUUGCAGGGUAUUCUGAAAGCAGAGAUGGAUUCAGUCAAUAAAUCUAUGAAAUUUUCAAAAAGAUUCGAUUGCAGAGAUGUAUACUGUCAUGAAAGAGAACUGACGGUAAUUGAAAACCCGCGAGUGACGAAAGAGUAUUUACUUCAUAAUCUCCGGAGCUGGGAAACAAAGCUCAAACAGAAUAUAUUGGAGUAA